AUGAAUUACGAAAUAACUAAUGUUAGAGACUUCCUGGUACAUCUUCCGAGAUUGGCGAGCUACGACUACAAUGAGGUGGUGAGCUAUCUCGUUUUCAAGACUCUUAACCUUUUGUUUAAAUGCCCAGCAGAAAAUAUAGAUUGGAGUUCAUUGGUGGCGAUAUUUGAAUCUGAAAAUUGGAGGGAUGGGACCUAUAAACGUAUAAUACAAGAUGUGGAUUGGAAAUCACAAAUCUUCCCUAGUACUACAAAUGCUAACCACAAAGGUUGUAUGUGUUCGAGAAUUUGUUACCCCACGGAGACAGUUUACUACUGUUUUACGUGUACUACAAAUCCACUUUAUGAGAUAUGUGAAAGUUGUUUUGAUGAGUCGAAGCAUGUGGGCCAUUCUUUUACCGCUAAAAUAGUUGUAAGACCUGAAGGACGUGUUUGCCACUGUGGAGAUCCUCAUGUUUUCAAAGAACCUCAAUUUGCACUCCUUUGUAAAAAUGCUGAGAAUAACGGUCCUAGAAAUCCACCCAAUGGUUAUAAUGAAUUAGCACUGGAAAUUAUUAGUGCGGUAUUGGAUUAUUUGAUAGAUGUAACGAUUUAUUUCGAAGAACAGAAUGAAAGUUGUCGUUCAACAGAUUCCAUUAAACAGAUUGGAAAUGGGUUAAGUACACAUCGGGAUCAUACAGUUUUAAAGGAUUCAAGGGACCAGACAGAUGAACCUUAUCCUAUAGAUAUGAUAUGGACUUUACAAAUUGAUGAAGAAGAUUGUCAAAUGCAUUACAUGGAUCUCACUGCAAAGAUAGCUCGCAUAUUAAACAAACCAACGGAGUAUGCCAUUUCCAUGACAAACAUGCUUGAAAAUGGAGCACAGUCAGUAACGGUACUUAAAUCUAAUGACAGGAGUAAAUUAGAACAAAUAUCCUUACAAUUUCAGAAUGAGGGCGCUAAAAACCACAUUAGACGGAUCAAUGAAACUUUCAAGCGGGACUUGAUCGAAGAUUUGAUUGAAUGGCUUUGCACGAUCUUUAGUGAUGAAUCGGUUAGUUUAGAGACCAGAGCAUCUCUUAGAUUGUGCAUGUUAGACAAAUGGAAUUCAGGACUAUUAUCUACGAAAUUGACAUCUGAUCGAUUAAGUGCCUUUGUAUCCAAGAUAAAUCUAUUAGGCGGGUUUCUGGUAUCAUAUGAACAGCGUGACAGUUUCCCGUGGUUUAAACCUUGGAAUUUCGACUUCGAUGUACAAGAUGAUAGACUCUCUAGUGUCAUGUCUGACUACGAUAACAGAUUAAAGAGUACAGAUAUCCCCGAUAGUAUAACUAGAUUUCAUGCAUUCCACGGGUCCAGAUUUCAGUAUAUUUUGACAGAGUUCCCAAAUUUUUCGUCAAGAAUCUCUAGACAUAGAAUCCUAAAGAUAUUGUGUGCAAUGUUUACCAUUACAGAUGACGCUAGGCGAUGUUUAGCUGCACAGUAUCUGGACGUAUAUCUGGCUGUGCUCUACAGCGCUGUUGCAUCGGACCCUACAGGUUUUAAGGUCUCCAUGAUGGGAAUUUUUUCCCAAUACACUUUACAAGAUCCAGAAAUAGCAAAUAUAGCUAUUAGAUCCGGUUUCGUUCAAAGAACCUUAAGGUUUGCAUUUACUUUGAUGGCUUUCAAUCCAGAAGAUUUGGUCGCAUAUUUACCGAUACCACUUUAUUAUGGUUGCAAACUGCCCAUUGAAACGAUUAGGAAUAGAAGAACCAUAAUAUGUUUUAAAGAUAUUUGCAUCCUGAUGUCUACAAAUACCAUACCCCAAGAAUUAAUGGAGGAUGAAGGAAUUUUAAACGCCAUUGUCGAAUCGUUUUCAGAGUUUAACAAUAUUCUUCCACUGAAGAGGGAGACUUCCGAACAUGUCGAAUUUGAAAACUUCGAUUUUUCAUCUUACUAUUUUUUCUUUUCAUCAAUUUUAAUUAUGACCGAUGGAUAUGUGCGCAGCAUCUCUCUUUUAUUAGAUCCUGGAUCCCGUAAACGUACUGUCUACAAGUUGGUUAACAUCGCUAUGGAAAAAGAAUUCAAACUAUUGGGCCACUUUAAGAGGUACUCUCCCUAUAGUUCAUCCCCCAAAGCUUUUAUCGACAAAAAACUCAAGAAUCCAGGGUUGCGUAAGGUUCAAGAAAAUAUCUGUGGUCACACUACUGAUGUGGUCAAUUUUCAAGUGGGAGUUGAUACUCAAAAUUUUUUCAAUCCAAUGUCGUACCUUUUCAAAUUUGUGCUUCAAUGGAGUCAAUGUGGUAGAUACGCGCCACUGCCGAAUGGGUUGAAAGAUUGUAUUGAUUUUCAAGACUUGUUUCAAGAUAAGAGGAAAGCACUGGAUAUGUCAGAAGCUUCAUUGUCUACAUUAGUUCUAUUGGGUCAGAUAAAUGUUGGCUUUUGGGUAAGGAAUGGUACGCCUAUUACACACCAAGCUCGCAUGUACACCAGAUAUAGUAUGCGCGAAUUCACCUAUAUGAGUGAUAUCUUUAAUGUGCAAUUUAGUAUGGUAUUAUCGGACCCGAACGAUUUCUUCGUGACAUUUUUAUCACGGUGGGGGCUCAAACAUUGGGCCAAUGGGUUUCCAAUGGGUGACUUCCCUGAUUCUGAAACUACCGUUGCUAUGGUCAAUCAGUGCUUUUUACUCUUGAUCCAAUUAUUUACAGAAAUCAAGUCCUUAACAAUGGUCUCUUCAAUAGACGGAUUUGAGAAAACUCUGAAAGCAGAGAUUAUACAUGCAUUAUGCUACAAAAAUUGCACUUAUUCGCAAAUUAUGAGUAAUAUACCUGAACACAUCACAAAACAUGCAGCUUUUGACCUAUAUUUGGCAAAAUACACCAACUAUACACCUCCAUCGGGAUUGAUGGAUUGUGGGAUAUACACAUUAAAACCAGAAUUUCGCAUUGAAAUUGAUCCAUUUUUUAUCGGUAUGUCAUCCAGCAAGAGAUACGAGGCCGAAAAGUGCAUUAGAUUAUCAAUGGCUACCAAGUAUAAGAUAAAUUACGACGACACCUUUGUCCCGCCAAGAAAAGUAAUCGACUUCCUAAAAAAUACACCAUACUUCAGGCUCUAUGCAAUCUCAUCGGCAGAAACUUUUGGUCUUUUCCUUAAAAAUUCCUUAGAUCAUAUCAACAAAUUCGAAUACGAAAGUCUUUUGCCCGCUGUGGUCCACGUAAUCCAUCUCUGCGUUGUUAACAACUUGAAUGAGUUUAUGAAGAUUUUCUGGCACGAGUAUACUUCAAUGGAGGCCGCUGAUUGUUACUAUCAGAGUGUUGGUUCUAUAUUGUACAGCUUUCUGUUAAAGGAUCACUUCUCAUCUGUUCAUGGGGCUAUUAGGGAAAUUUUCAGAUAUUUGGCAGAAACUGCCCCUCAUGUUGAUGCAACUAGUUACUUACAAGAACAAACGCACCCAUUCAUUGCAGAUGUACUUUGGUCUUCGAAUACUAUAAAAAAUAGUAAAGAUGAGGAAUUCGAGAGAAAGAAAAAAAUGGCCAGGAUUAGAAAAGAGAAAGUUAUCAGAAGGCUCAACAAACAACAGAUGCAGUUCAUUGAAAACAACAGUAUCCCUACAACUGACGAUGAAGAGUUCAAGGAAUCCUCGGUGGAAUCUAUUCCCGGUGAAACGAUUGGCUGGGAAUUCCCGGAAGAUUCUUGCGUUUUUUGCAAGAUGCCCGGUGAAGAUGACGUAUUUGUCUACUUUUCAUAUCAGGAGAGUAAUAUUUGUGACCAUAAUCUAGACUUCCGCAGAGUUAAAGACGUUACCGAUGCAAUCUCACAUCCGGAAGUAGGUGGAAAUUUUGCCGCCGAGGAAAAGAAAUAUCAUCCUAGUAGUCUUGAAAAUUUCACGGCAACUCCACAAAUGAAAUUAACAGCCCAGGGUGCUGUAAUGAAAACAUGUGGUCACGGUUCGCAUAUAUCAUGCUUAGGAAAUCACAUGAAAUCAAUCAGGGCCGCUCACAACCAAACUACUAAAAAUGUUCCAGUUGCCUAUGGAUUCGGGCUGUUAUAUUGCCCACUCUGUAAUGGGCUAUGUAACUCUUUUUUGCCCAAAAUCAUAGGAUCGAAUUGCAGGAUUGCUAAGAACUUUUUUGAAAAUAAUCUUCGAUAUUCUGCGGGGGAAGUCCCAAAUCUUCUGUUAUCAACAAGCUUGAAGGCUGCAAGGAUUUGCGAGGAUUUAACUGAGGAUUUGCUUGCGAGCAAAAGAAAACCUUUCGAGGUCAUCAACCAGAUUUUUGUCAACACAAUUUUGAAUACCGAAUUAUCUUUGAGAUCUCUCCCGGCGGAUAAUGCAAUUCACGAAAUGCCAAAUCAAAGAUUAUUAACUCUAAGACUUAUGUCUGAACUUAAAAGUAUACUUUUCAAGAAUCGCCCCAGUGAUACGGAAUUAGUUCAAGUCGUGAAACCCUCCAAUCUAUUUGAGCUCGAUGAAAAGAAAAAUGAAUUGCUUCUUCUAGCAAGCGAAAUAAUUGAGUCUUUAGAACAAAAUGAAUACUCCCAAUCUACUAUGACUCCAUUAUCGCAUUUGAAAGAACUAAUCAAAACCAAGAUAUGGCGGGAUUGCGUCUCUCUUUCCAAAGAGUUGCUCAAAGUCAGUUUCUACCAAAACUAUACAGGAACUACUCCAUGGGAUGUCCCCAUCAAAUCUGAUGAGCACUCUGAAGUCGAAGCGACCAUGCUUGUUGAGGUCCUUAAAGCUCAGUUAUUUUGUUUAAAUCCAUUGAUAACAAGUUCUCAUUUGAAUGGGCUGAAUCUAAUCAAGUCCCAUUUGCAUCAAUUAAUUGCUGGAUCGUUUCAAAUAUUCUUAAGAAGACUUUGCAUGAUUUUCUACUCGCGCUAUGCUGUUGAAAUGGAGUAUGCUCGAGAAGUUGAUUUCUCUAGGGAACUUGACUUCCUUUUAAAAUACCUACAACUUCCUCCGUUGGCUAGUAUUAUUCAAGAAUUUUGUGAACAUGACGCUGAACAAUGCUUAGAAAGUUUCAAGGAAACUCUACAGGGAGAUAUAACAUCCAAUGUCAUCGAAAAUUUUGCAUUCACUUCUCCUAGAACUGCGAAACUGAUCGAAUUGCCAAUUUCACUCUCACAUUUUGCUCUUGCAGAAGGGAACCAAGUAACGCAAAGGGCAGAACGGGAUGAUAUUUCAAUUUGUCUCUUUUGUGGUAAAGCUUGUCACAUUCAAAGAUCGGUAGCAUUACAUGGAUACGUCCAAGGUGAAUGUACUAAUCAUGUUCGGAACGAGUGUAAAAUAGUAUCCACUUACGGAGUUUUUCUCAUGAUGAAAAGUAAUGCCAUUUAUCUAUCCUAUGGACACAGAGGUUGUUUCUAUCCAACUCCAUACCUUCAUAAACACGGUGAGCCAGACGCGGAUUUCAAAUUUAAUAAUCCAGUUUUCUUGCAUUCCAAAAGAUAUGAACACCUCAUGAAUGGCAUAAUACUGGGUAAUAUGAUCCCCCACAUUGUCUUCAGAUUAACGGAUGGAAACUCUGAUUUGGGAGGCUGGGAAACCAUGUAG